GCCAGACUAAGGUUAGAGUAUGCUGCUUUUCGGAGCAGGGAGAUAUGGUUAUCUGCGAAGCCGUCUAUCAUGAAAUUCACCAUGAAGUCAUAGGGGCUAAGAGACCUCAAGAUAGAAUGAAGAUAAGUACUGUGAAUGCUGCACUUCUCUAAGAAGACUGAAUAAUUGCGUCGUCCCAAGCAUCAAGCCUCACCAAAACUAGAAGUAUACAGUACAGCUCCUAGUGCUCAACGAGAUCCAUUGUCUCUGAUAUCAAAACCAACACAAGCCGCAUCUGCCCAGACACACUCAACACACCUUCUUUAUUCCCGUCUACCAUGUCUUUGCAAGACAAGGUGCUUCUUGUCACCGGCGGCUCGAAGGGAAUUGGCGCCGCCAUUGCCAAGCGAGCCUCAUCCCUCGGCGCCAAGGUCGUUAUCAACUACUCGCGUGACAGCGCACCCGCCGAUGCCCUAGUGAAGGAGAUCGGAUCCGACCAGGCGCUGGCCGUGCAGGCAGAUGUCUCCAAGGUAUCCGAGAUCUCCAAACUCGUCGACGCCACCGUCUCCAAGUUCGGCCGCAUUGACAUACUCGUGCCCAACGCCGGUGUCAUGCCGCUGCAGCCGCUGGCCGCCAUGACAGAGGAACUCUUCGACCGAGUGUAUGAGCUCAACGUCAAGGGUCCGUUCUUCCUCGCUCAGAAGGCGGUGCCUCAUAUGCCGUCUGGAGGCCGCAUCAUCUUCAUUUCCACCGGCAUCGCGCACCACAGCGGUGUGCCACCUCCAUAUGCGCUUUAUGCUUCGUCCAAGGGCUCCGUCGAGCAGUUCACGAGGGUUUUGGCAAAGGAGCUUGGUGCUAAGGGUAUCACGGUCAACGCCGUGGCGCCGGGACCCACAGCCACGGAUCUUUUUGUGAAAGGAAAGUCGGAGGCCAUGAUCAAGGGUAUUGCUGCACAGAGUCCUUUCAAUCGGCUGGGUGACCCAGCUGAGAUAGCGAAUGUGGUGACCUUUAUCGCGAGUCCAGAGGCUGCUUGGGUGUCGGGACAGAUCAUCGGCGCAAAUGGUGCCAGUUUCGUUUGAGUAAAAAGGAGAAAGGGUCGCUGAAGAACAAUUCGAUGUUGUUCGUGCCAAUGAAACUGUACGUGCCAUUCAACCACCAAAUCCUUGGGUGUCUGCUCUCAUCCGUAGUGUACCUUUCAACACAUUCCAGCAUCUUCAGAAGAUUUUUUUUAGCCACCUCUGUAGUGGAGCCUCGGACGCUCGUAUUGAUCAGUUCAAUUGCAAAUAGUAUCGUGUAAUAGACAUGUAGCACGAAUAAUGUAAUCAAUAAGUCUAUGAAUGACGUUUAGAAGCGGACAAGGAAUAAAGCUAUCGCUCUAUUCCUGGCGAAUGAUACCUACCUAAAUAGAUGUUCUGGGUGGAUCCUGAG